AAAACAAAAUAAAUAGAAUUGGGAAUGAAAUAUACUUCAACACACCUCAACUUAACGUUUUUCCAAUAGAACAUGUAAGUUGUUCUUAAGAAUGUUUUAUGCAGUGCGGUGUUUGAAAUUGCCCAGCAAAGUGCGAAGAUCAUAUCUUCAUUUAAGUUGUUCUUGUUAGUCAGGGGGGUGUGUGUCGACAUUUUUCAAAAUAUUUAAACAUUUCUUAAAAGCCGAUAGAAAAUCCUAUUAUUGGGAGUUAAAAAUUUUGAUCCUAAGCCCUAACAACAAGCUAUCAGGAUCUCAUUUGACAAUGUUUCAUACGUCAGGCGUUUGUGUAAUGGUUAGAGAUUUUACAGAAAGAAAAACAGGAAACGAAGGUCAAAGACACUAAUUUUAAUGUUUAUCGAAAAGAUUGGCAUUUUGUCAACAGGCCAUACUCCAAAUCACGUUUUUCCCUUGGUUCAUUUCGAGGUGAUUCAUUGUAUUCUGUGGACUUGAAUUAUGGGAAAAGAUCAGAGUAAACUGACGCCACAAAACCUGAAAGAGUUAUCUCAGCGCACGGAGUUCACGCACAAAGAAAUAAAAUCUUUCUACAAAGAAUUUCGCAAAAAGAGUAAAACUGGAUCAAUGAAAUUGGAUGAAUUUAAAAAGCUUUAUUCAACAUUUUUUCCGGCGGGAGAUUCAUCCGAGUUUGCUCAGCAUACGUUUCGCGUCUUCGAUGCAAACCAAGAUGGGAUUUUAGACUUUCGCGAAUUGAUUGUCUCGCUGUCUGUGAUGCAGAGAGGUACGUCAGAUGAAAGGUUAAAAUGGGCAUUUAAUAUGUACGAUGUCGAUGGAAAUGGCUUUAUCACAAGGUUAACUUUCAUAUUCCCGUAUUAUACGACUAUUAUUUAUAAUAAUUCCGAGUUCGAAUACAACUCCUUUACAAAUGUUUUAUUUAGAGAGGAGCUUCUUGGAAUCUUGAGAGCGAUUCAAAAGCUUUCGGGAAAAUAUGACGAUGACCAAUUAGCAAAAGAGAUGACCGACGAUAUAUUUAAACGAGUUGAUAAGAACUCAGAUGGCGUUUUAUCUUUGGAUGAGUUCAUUGCAGGGGCAGAAGAUGAUAACGAUUUGGCGGACAUGUUGAAUAAUUUAUGAUGCUUCAUGGUCAUAAUUUAAUUUUUAAUUUUUUCACCAGAUCAGAAUUCUUGUUUUUCGCGAUGUAAUGUUCAACAUAUGAGCAAGACGGAGAGACCUGUACGUUCAACGAUGCCAUGUGUUCAAAUGCAAACUAAAAAAUUAAAAUAUACCGUUGAAUAAUGAUUCUAAAACUAGAGAAGUGAACAAUGUACAAAACGGUAUCAUAAUCACCUUUACUAACUCAGCAGCAAUCCCUUUCCUCGAUAUGCACUAGGUACACCAGUAUGGUAAAAAUCAACUGUAUUUUCUUUAUCGUCGAGAUAUUUAUAUUGUAGUACAGCCUUUUCUGAAACAAAAUUACGGUUUAUGUGACUACCUGUACAAGUAUAUUAGUAACAAAAAUGACAACAAUAAAACGAUAAUAACGAUGUUAUGUA